GACCUCUUUCACAACUCGAUCAUGGCAGAAGCUAAAACAGUAGUGCCUCCAAAGGCAGACGAAUUUCGAUACCUGCCCCCACCAAAAGAGGACUUUUCUUGGCUCCCCAAGCAUGAGGGGAUAUUGGACAAGUUCAAGAGGAAAGCUGGCGAAAAUCCUUUCGUGCCAAUAGGGCUUGGGAUGACUACAGUAGUUUUAGGAUUGGGACUUUGGCAAAUGAGAACAGGAAAUGUAAAGAGAUCACAAUUCUUCAUGAGGGCUAGGAUUGCUGCCCAGGGAUCUACAGUUGCAGCUUUAUUAAUAGGAGUAUGGUAUUCUUCAAAGAAGGGAAAAGAACCUCCUCCCCCUCAGCGAUAGUUUCUUCCUAGUCUUAAUCUUUACAUUGGCAUUAGUCUUGUCCUGACAUGGAAUCAGAACUUCAUUUGUGUGGUGAUUUGAAAUAUGAUAACAAAUAUAUACUGAUCAUUGCUGGAUUUAGGAUGAUGUGUCAUACAGAUCUCUUAUCGUAUAAACGCUGCUGUUUGAUUCUAGACCUAUGUAAAAAAAACAUACAUGGAUUAAUCUCAACCAAUUAACAAGCAGUGAGAAUAGCAAAGAAAUAUCUUCGAACCUGUUGACUGGAUCAUGAGGUCUGGCCAGUGACUGUGAAUGUUUGAUGUCAAUGGCCAUUAUAUUGAAACAUUUGCUUUUACCAAACCUGAUGGUAAUGGCACUGCGAUAUCAAUAUACAAUAUGUCAACAAUUUAAUGUUCAGCAAUGCAUUUUAUAUCCAUAAAUUAUGAAGACAGUCGUGAUGGAUAUUUUAUGAUAUCAUUCUGGAAAAUAUUUUCUUCAGUUAAUUUAUGUUUAUCACCAUACACUGGAUUGAUUAAUUGUAACAAAUGUCACUAGAUGUAUCAAUAAAUACCUCAUUUUUAUUAAAACAUUAAUUUUGAGAAUCGUCAGAUAAAAUCCAUCUGGGUCAUGCUUUGUCUCCGGUUAUGUGGUGUAAAG